AUUUACUUCUUUAUUCUUAUAUUUUUUAGGAACAAAACCAUAAGUGAGUCAUCAUGAAUUGGGCAAAUGACAGUUUCUCAAAAGGGUUUAUACUACUUGGCUUCUCAGAUAGUCCCUGGCUACAAAUGCCUCUCUUGGUGGUUUUGCUAAUAUCAUACACAUUCACAAUCUUUGGCAAUGUGUCCAUCAUGGUUGUGUGCUUUCUGGAUCCCAAACUUCACACACCCAUGUAUUUCUUUCUCGCUAAUCUCUCCAUCUUAGAUCUCUGUUAUACCACAACCACAGUCCCUCAUAUGUUAGCAAAUAUUUUUCUCAACAAAAAUACCAUCAGCUACAGUGGCUGUGUGGCCCAGCUUAUCAUCUUCCUGGCCCUGGGGGCCACAGAAUGUCUCCUCCUGGCUGUUAUGUCCUUUGACAGAUUUGUGGCAAUCUGCAGACCACUCCACUAUGUAGUCAUCAUGAACCGCUGGGUGUGCUUAAGGAUGGCCACCUUCUCGUGGCUCACUGGAUUCAGCAACUCAGUGUUGCAGUCUUCCCUGACACUGAACAUGCCACGCUGUGGUCAUCGGGAAGUGGACCACUUCUUCUGUGAGGUUCCUGCCCUUCUCAAGUUGUCAUGUGCUGACACAAAGCCUAUAGAGGCUGAGCUCUUUUUCUUCAGUGUAUUAAUUCUGCUAAUUCCAGUGACAUUGAUACUCAUCUCCUAUGGCUUCAUAGCUCAAGCAGUGUUGAAAAUAAAGUCUGCAGAAGGCAGGCGGAAAGCUUUUGGAACAUGUGGGUCCCACAUGGUUGUGGUGUCCCUCUUUUAUGGAACAGCCAUCUAUAUGUAUCUACAACCACCUUCAUCCACCUCAAAGGACUGGGGAAAGAUGGUUUCUCUCUUCUAUGGGAUCAUCACCCCCAUGUUGAACCCCCUCAUCUACAGCCUUAGAAAUAAAGAUAUGAAGGAGGCAUUCAAGAGGGUGAUAUCAAGAAUCUGUCUUAUUAAGAAAUAAAAGGUACUUCAAGGUGAUGAGAAUCUUCUAAGUUUUCUCUUGUCUUUGAAGACAGUAAGUGUUUCAAAUGAUGUUUCCUAUUUUC